AUGCUGUUCACAGAGGAAGACAUAUUCAUGUCAGAGUUCGAAGACGCAUGCAGCGCCUGGGUGGACAGUGUGAGCUCAAGCAGCGACGGUACAGACUCUGAUGUCGGAUCCCCAGCACAACAAGGUUGUGUGUUAUCCCCGGGGACCGACGGGUCUGARUCGGAUUUCUUCUCCGACCUGAAUGACUGUUCCUCAGACAGCCUGUCCCCUCCUCUUGCCUACACCGGGAGCUUCUACACGGAGGAGCCGUUACCGGGGACGGUGCCACCCUGCAGCACAGAAGCUCUGCUCAACAUGAUCACGGAGAUAGUUGGGAUCUGUAUGGUGGAGGACCAGGUGACCAGCGUGACUCCGUCUGCCUCCCUCCCCGCCUCUGUCACACCCUGCUCGGCCAUGAGRGUUGCCUCUCCCCCUCUUUACUCUCCCUCCAUGGACUCUGCCUCCAGCGGAAGCUGGAGCCAGGCUCUGACCGAGAUUCCUUCUCCUUCCGCCGGGGUGGACAUUCAGACUCCUCCCGCUGCCCCUGUGAUGGUCAAGAACGAGUUCAACAGCAACUGCGACGGCUGCGACAACGACCACCUCUCCCACCCCGGUCAGGAUGCCUUCURSCCGGGCAGCUUGGAGCAGCUGUUCCCGCUGUCUGGUCAGUCUCUGGAUCACCAGGUAGAUGUAAAGGAGCUUCUGGACUCUCUGCUGCUGACUGACAUUAAGACAGAGUGUAUCAUCAAACAGGAGCCGUGCUACAUGGGAGACUGGGCUCAGAAUUACCCUGUACCUGUGAACGGGAGCUACGUCAACGAUGGCUGUCUGGUCAAACAGGAGCCUCUGGAGUUCCAGACUGGGGCCUCAGGGCCGCAGCAACUGGACACUUGCAGCGACCUGGCCGCCUUCACCGCCUCUCURUCCUCCUCCUCCCUGGAUGCCCUCCUCUCCUCCCUGCUGCCCAGCGUGUUCCCGAGGAGCAGGGGCAUGCACGCCACCACUGGAGCAAGUAAAGCGACGACCCGCUCCAGUACCGGGGCCGCGAAGGUCAAACCGUUCCCGUGUCCAAUAAUCGGCUGUGAGAGGCGUUUCUCUCGCUCCGACGAGCUCAACCGCCACGUGCGCAUCCACACGGGCCACAAGCCGUUCCAGUGCACAAUCUGCCUGCGCAGUUUCAGCAGGAGCGACCACCUGACCACGCACACGCGCACGCACACUGGGGAGAAACCUUUCUCUUGCGAGGUGUGCGGGAAGCGGUUCGCGCGCAGCGACGAGAGGAAGAGGCACGGGCGUGUGCACGUGAAGCAGCAGCUGAAAGCUCAGAUGAUGGCGGCCUAUAACCUGGCCUUCCCCGGUGGAGUWUGAACUCUCUAAAGCUGGCUUCGCGGCCCUGAGUUUAAACCUGCUCUUUAGAAGGCUUCGGUUGGUUCUGCUGGCUUCGUUCGGUUGGUUCCGUCUGCCUGGUAACGUUGGCUGUUGGCCCCGGGGUUCAGUUGGAGGUGUUGACUUCAAAACGGGCCAUCGGUUGAAAAAUGGUGGAAAAGAUUCAACGGGAGAAAGAAAAUAAUCUCGUCUUGUCGGUUGGACAUGGAACGUGGAACUAUUUUAGGACGUCUGUACGCUGCCUUUGACAUUAUAUCUGUUUGACUAUAUGUUGUGCUAAACAGCGGAAUUGAACAGAAACCCUUACGAGAGGAUUAGUUGGUUUCAGCACCUCUGUGAGUAGACAGCUCCUUGUCUGUCAAUCCGAACAGACUGAAACAUACAGCAUUUUGUUUUGUCACUCGGCAGUUCUGAUUGUAAACUGGUACAG